AUGCCGCAACGACACGGGCACCGGUCCAGCACGACCUCCCUGAGGAGCGCCAAGCGCACCAGCAUGAUAGCCCACAGUAAUAUGGAGCUGUCAGAAGUAUCCCUCAUGAAGGAAGAAACUUACACAGGAGACCACUAUCUGACGCCCGCUCAACUGGAAAAUAUAUAUCGAACAAACGUGGUCACUGGUCUGACGGAAAGUUUUGCUGCCGAGCUCUUGGAACGCUAUGGCCCAAACGAGCUUAAGGACCUUCGUGGCACCAGUUAUUGGGAAUUGUUUCGCAACAAUUUGUUUGGAUGGUUCCAGUGCGUCCUUUGGGUAGCGGCAAUAGUCAAUUUCAUUGGAUACUUCUUAACCAGAGGCGCAGAUUCCGGCGACGAAGAGUCCGCUGAAGCCCAUUCUGCUAAAGAAUAUCUUUAUUUGGGUUGUGUUAUUUCAGCCACCAUUAUUGGAACUGGUAUUUUUGGUUUUUAUCAAGAAGCAAAGAAUGCUGCGGUUAUGAGUGGUUUCGAGAAACUAGUGCCACCCAAUGCUGUCGUCAUACGAGAUGGAGUUAAAAAAACAGUCCCCAAUUCCGAUGUAGUGAUUGGUGACAUCGUAGAAAUGAGCGGAGGAGACAUAGUGCCGGCCGAUGUGAGAAUACUUACUUGUACUAAUUUCAACACGGACAUGUCUUCCUUGACUGGUGAAUCAGAACCUAUAAAACACAGGCCUGAAUGUACUAGUUCUAAUCCUUUAGAGUCCAAAAAUAUGGCGUAUUUUGGAUGCCCCAUUACUGAAGGCUCUGCUAAAGCUAUUGUUAUUGCCACUGCAGAAAUGACUCAAAUUGGAAAAAUCGCUGGACUCGUAACCGGAUUAACGAAAGAAGAAACUCCUAUCGCAAAGGAAAUUACACAUUUCAUAAAGCUAUUGUGCGGUGUAGCGUUUGCUUUUGGUUUAAUUUUCUUCUUUAUGGUAUAUUUUAUACAGAACAGUUGGUUGUCAGCACUUCAAUAUAUGCUGGGGAUCAUACUAGCCAAUGUACCCGAGGGAUUGAUUGUAACUUUGACUGUCUGCAUGACACUUUCUGCCAAGUCCCUAAAAAAGAAGAACUGCCUGGCCAAAACAUUACAAGCUGUUGAAACCUUGGGGUCUACGUCAUGUAUAUGUUCCGAUAAAACUGGUACAUUAACCGAGAAUCAAAUGAAUGUGUCACAUUUAUUUACCAAUUUCAAAAUAAUUGAUAAAGAUGAUCAUCAUGAUGUUACAAACAUUUCGUAUUCGACUUUAUGUUUAGCAGCUUGUCUUAAUUUAAAAGCUAGUUUUGCUUUUGACUCAAAGAACAAGCCAAUAGAAAAAAGAAAAAUUUUGGGUGACGCUUCUGAAGCUGCAAUAUUACGGUACAUGGAAAUAAACCGCUCAGCUACACAAAUUCGAGAAGAAAACCCAAAAGUUGGAGAAAUUCCGUUUAGUUCAGCUUACAAGUAUCAAGUGACAAUUCAUCUUAUGGCAGCAACAAACACGCAUUAUCUCGUAAUGAAAGGCGCACCCGAAAUCGUCUUAGAAUACUGUUCACAGGUUCACACCGAUGAAGGCGUGCAAAAUCUCACGCCACAGUUGAAAAAAGAAUUAAAAGCUAAUUUUGUCAAAAUUGCAAACAUGGGGGAACGAGUCAUCGGAUAUUGCGAUCUCAUAUUACCUGAAGGUGAUUAUCCAAUGGGUUACAAAUUUGAUGCACAAGCACGAAAUUUUCCCCUGGAAGACCUUAUUUUUGUUGGAGCAAUAUCAAUGAUAGAUCCUCCAAGGCAAGAUAUUGAAACAUAUAUUGGGUUGUGUCGGUCGGCAGGAAUUAAGGUAAUUAUGGUAACUGGAGACCAUCCUGUGACGGCACUGGCUAUUUCUCGCAGGUGUGGAACAAUUACUGUACCGACUGCGUACGAUUAUGCGUUCGAACAUCAUAUAGAUUUAGCUGAUAUACCACCGCACAUUAAAAGCCAGUUUAAAGCUGCGGUUGUGACUGGCGACGAACUUCGUAAAAUGAGCGUUAAUGACUUGAAAGCAGUGCAAACCAGGUACAAUGAGAUCACAUUUGCGAGAACCAGUCCUCAGCAAAAGUUGUUUAUAGUUGAGACUUAUCAGCUUCUAGGUUAUGUAGUGGCUGUGACCGGAGAUGGCGUCAACGAUUCUCCAGCUUUGAAGAAAGCAGAUAUCGGGAUUGCUAUGGGUAUAAAUGGUACUGAAGUAUCUAAAAAGGCUGCGGAUAUGAUUCUGUUGGACGAUAACUUCGCUUCUAUCGUGCUGGGUGUGCAAGAAGGUAGAAGAAUCUUCGACAAUUUAAAAAAGACUAUUGCUUAUUCGCUGACCUCCAACUUACCUGAGAUGGCACCAUUUGUGUUAUAUGCGUGUCUGGGAAUGCCAUUACCUAUAACUCUCAUGUUGAUUAUAGUCAUAAAUGUAGGAACCGAUCUACUGCCUGCGAUGAGUUUAGCUUAUGAAGAUUCCGAGGAGGACAUCAUGUCUAUUCCACCUCGCAAACCUACUGAUCACCUAGUGAAUGGUGUUUUGUUAUUUAUGGCAUAUUUUCAGGUAGGUCUUAUUCAGUUCUUCUCGGCAAUGUACGCCUACUUUAUAAUUUUUGCUCAGGACGGCUUCUUCCCGUCUAGUUUAAUGUUUGUGCGGAACGACUGGGAGAAUUCACGUGUUUUGAUAAAAGAUACUUUAGGUCGCGAAUGGAAUUACAGAGAUAGGAAAAGGAUUGAGAGGAAGGCGCAAACGGCUUAUUUUGUAGCAGUUGCCUGGACGCAGAUAUCUGAUGUGAUUAUUUGUAAAACUAGACGAAUCUCACUUGUUAAGAAAGGCAUGAGAAACCAUGUACUUAAUGCUAGUAUUAUUGUAGACUUACUAGCAGCACUGAUGGUAUCCUACUGGCCAGUGUGCCAUGAACUGUUUAGCACCGAGCCGUUGUCUUGGUGGGACUUUUUUCUAGCGAUCCCCUUCGCCAUUCUCAUGAUAGUCAUGGAUGAGUUUAGGCGUUAUUUGAUAAGGAAUAACAUUUCUAAGUGGAUUGAAAGUGAGACAUAUUAUUGA